CGCUCGAAGCUUCAUAUGCUGCUAGAUAUUUGUUGAAAAUUGUGAAUUGUGAAUUUGCGGCUUUGUUAUGUUUUCCUUAAAUAACAUUGUAGUGAUAUUACCGCGAUAUAAACAGUGGUAAAGACUCUACAUUUGCAGUUACAUAUUACAAUACAGUUGUAUCUCAGUGAUGUGUCAAUAGAGUGAUAAGUGGAGAAAAAAUAAUGACUGUGACAAGUUAGACCGUGUCACGAGCUGUAACAAUCAGUGGGAAUAGUUACGCAAGAGGAAUGCGCAGGCUGGCAGGCAGCAUACGCGGCUGCUAGCGCGUCGCCGCCGCCUGGCCUCCCGGGUCGCUCGCACGAUCAUCUGAAUUAUUAAAAAAAAUUUAAAGUGCUGUGUUUAUUCAUAAAAUGCAUCUUGCCGCGCUGUCACUUUUGAAUUUCGAACGAUUUAUUUUUUUAAUACGCCGCCAGUGAUUGUGAUGCAAAUACGUUAUGUGUAGAUUGUGACACACGUGAAAAAUUUAAGGUUCGCGGCGAACAUGGGCGUGUGCUAACAUGACGAACGUCAAGCUAAAGCUGAUGUUCUAUCUGCUGAACGCGCUGCUGUCGGCGGACCUCGUCCACUCGCGGCCAUACUCCGAUUACAACACCACAGACUUCCUCUCCUUCAAUAGCACCUACAACAUCCCCGUGGAGACCAAUUCGGAUACCCUCACGGUCGCCAACGAUGAUCAGACAGCGGAGGAGACGAAUAAGAACGCGAACACCCACAUGGAGGAGAUAGUAGAUGCCGAGCAGGAUAGAGAUGAAGCUCUGUCGGAGAAGAACAUCAAAGAUCAGGUCACGAUACUGGGGAUCGCGAAAAACGAGGCCGAAGCCUUCGAGAAGCAGCUGAAUAUAUCGAGUCCGCUACUAGACGAGAUGAUAGACUCCGAGUCUGACAGAGAAGGAACUCUAACGGAUAUCCUCUUCAGACCCGAGGCGCAGCUAGUCCAGGAGCCAAGGUUCGAGUUUUUAGUGGCGAAAGCGAAUGAUACUGGGAGGAGCGAGAGGAAUAGGGAGAGGGGAGGGGAGGGGAACUCCACGGACGUGCUGAGGAAGUAUGAAUACGUGGAGCUGGUGGAGGUGGGCAGCGUAGGGGAGAACAGGAGCAGCUACGUCGCCAACAUCACCGGACAUGAGGUUGACAACGAUCUCGCGCCAGACACAAUCGUGUCCAUGUUUUCAGGUUUCACGGACGUGCAGACGCUGUUCCUCGCCUGCUUCGCCACACUGGUGCCGUUGCUGCUGGUGCUCUUCGCCUCGCUUACCCUCAGGUGCAUGCUGCGUCGCUGGUGCCCAAAUGCGUGCGCAAAACCCGUGGAAUCCUCCGUCUCCGAGAGCAGCGAGAAGCAGGACAGCAACCAUCAACAGCUGAAGUCCGGCGACGGCACGCCUGAUAGCGACACGCCGCCCGCCAACGGGUCAGUGUUCACCAUGACGCUGAAGAACAACCACCUCAUCGUCGAGACGGAGGAGAGGAAUGACAUAACCAAAAACGGCCGAGAAACGAAGAUGAAGUAUUCUCCGGACAACGAAGGCAUAUUCGUCGUAGAAGUCCAGCAGUCCGCCGCGUAUAGAUCCAACAAGACCUUCUCCCCCGUCCACGACCCCCAGAUCUCCACCAACCAGGCUCUCAUCCACCGCAUCCCAGAGGAGCUGGAGAGGAAGCUGACGGAGGAGGAGAGUGAGAGGAGCAGCAGCAGGUUCGAGAGCAAACAGGCUCUAGCGCUAUCCAGCACCGGGCUAUCCAUCUCAGACCUCAGCAUGUCAUCCAUCGGAUCGCACAACGUCAGCUACUCCUACGGCAGCCAGCUGGGCUACGACCAGGGCCCGUUCGGGUACCCCAUAUACGCCGGAUACGAUACCGGCAAAGACGUCAGUAUGAUCCACGAUAGCUCCCAGGAACCUCUGAUCGGGAAGACCCCGACGGAUCCCGACAGACCCGUCAUCACCGCCGCCAUAUUCAAGCAGGACUCCAUCAUCGGGAACGACAUUCUCCACGGCCCGGGGUACUGCAUCGAGGGGUCCAGCGACGGACCUCUGCUCUCCGACGUGCAGGCACGGGAGAUAAGCCUGCAGCACCUCCACGAUAGGAAGGAGAAGAAGAUGGAGAACGGUGUCGCUGUUCCCGUAGCGGAGAAAAUCGAGAAACGCGAGAGUACGAGUGACGAUACUCGAACUAUGGAGACGAUCAUGGAGGACAUUCCCAACGGCAAAAGGACGAUGCCAGUGAUCACCACGGACGUGUACGAGUCGGUGAAGGAAUCUAUCCAAGGGGGGCCCAAGUUCGAGAAGCUGAUGAACGAGCUGUCCCCGGGGGAGGGGGGAUGCGACCCCCCCGUCAUCACCAUUACCGAGGACGACACUCGCCCGCCGGACACUAGUUAGUUCUGCCUCAAUUUUAUUGUACAUAGAUUACGCGGUUUUUAUAUAAUAGAGUUUGUGCGGUUCUGGCAAUUUGCUGCGCUGAGGAAUGAAGAAAUUAAACUCUACCUUUCAUGAACUGAUCCUAAACUUUUCUAGGCUUAGCGCCUUAGUUGUUAUAAUAUAAAGUACAAAUCGCAGUUCUUGAACACAAAUCUU